AUGAAGAUCGGAGCAAGCACCUUGAUCGCAGUGGGUAUUUUGAAUGCUGUGCACGCCGCCCCAGCACACGAGGGCGACAGGCUCGAGUGCCGUGCAAUUGGCAAGCCGGGUACGCUCGCAGCCAAGGGUUAUUAUUUUAACCCAAGAUACAUGGACAUGGUAGACGGAACACUGAAAAAGCUCGAAGAGGACCUCAACAGUACAGGUCCAGCUGAGGAGGGGAAAGAGGAACUCCAAUUCUACGAGUGUAAGGCGCCAUCGGACAAGUUUAAGAGCACGACCAAAGAUGUUUACUUCGGACAGUUACGGAGUGCGAAUGAUGAGGAUAAAUGCUUGACCACUGAUGGGUGGUGGAAGGAAUUGCCUGGCCAGGGUAAAUAUGGAGGACCAGGGUAUGAGAUGGAGUCCGACGAUGGUAAAAGGCACAAGGAAGGCGCCAGGGUGAAGUACGAGAAGUGCUCAUCGAAGGCCGAUGACAAGUUGCGCUUCCAAUGGUUCGCAAUGACGCGAAACAACAAGAAGAACCAGUAUGCUGGUAUUGCUCAUGCGGGACAUGCGAAAGACCCCUUGGCGAAUGAAAUUUGCCCUGAUGAUGUUAAUGAGCAUGAAAAGUUGAAGAGUCAGUUUGCAUAUUUCUGCGUCGUUCAAGAUAAACGGUUUGAAGGAGCUGGUCUUGCAAUUCUAAAGACGAAGCCUGAGACGGCUGACAAGGAAGGAAAACACCCAUAUCCACCUGAGUGGUAG